AAAUAGAGUUUCAAGAACAAUUACCUCCUUCCAGAAAACUCGAAUUGAAUUCUUCUUCAUUUUUUUUUUAAGAAUAGGUUGAAAAAUUUGGACGGGAUUUCUUUUAGGUGAAAUUUGGACGGUAUUUUACGCGCUGAGGAGUAUAACAAUGGGGAAAGGGUGAAAAAUUUUCCCCCAUUAAACAGCACUUUACCCCCUAAAAUGAAAUUUCUCACGCUGACAUAGUCCAGUCAUGAUCUCCCUCCUCCCACAUUAACAAAAUCAGCAUCUUGUAGUGUAGUUGUACAUCUAGUCGGCGCCGCCUCUGCCAACCAUCUCUCCAUCUCUGCUGCUGCUAUUCUAGCAGGCUGUACAUGAACACCUCCUACAUAAGAAGCGCAAACCUCCCAAAAUCUUUGUGCUUUGUGCUCCUGAAAUUGCCCUGUUUUUCCACCUAUAUUUUAAGGCUUAAUAAACUUUUCAGUACACUCCAACAACCUUUUAAUGGAUACCAAGAUGGACAGCUUCACUAUUUCUUGCAUAAAUGCACUAAAGCUCAAUCCCUCAAAGCAGUACAGUCCUUCCAUGCUCUUACCAUCAUCCUGGGUCCAUAUGCAAGGCAACCAACCUACUUUGCUAACAACGUUAUCUCGUUGUACGCUUCUUUUCAUGAGUUACAGAGUGCGCACAAGGUAUUUGAAGAAAUACCUCAAAAGAACUUGGUCUCCUACAAUGGCUUAAUGAGUGCGUAUAGUCGCAAUGAGGAGGUGGAAGAUGCUUGGGGAAUUUUUUCCGAUAUGUGGGUUUGUGGUUUUAGACCGACCCAAUUCACAUUUGGUGGUCUUCUUUCUUGCCCCGCUUUGGAUUUGAGGAGGGGAUAUGUUAUUCAUGGGUUAAUGUUGAAGAAUGGAUUGCUUUUUGCUGAACCUCAUGCUGGAACUGCUUUAAUUGGUAUGUUUGGCAGACAUGGGUGUGUUGAUGAGGCCGUUCGAGUUUUUGAAGAUAUGCCUCAUAAGAGUCUGGUCACUUGGAAUUCAGUUAUAUCUUUGUUAGGAUAUCACGGGUUUAUUGAAGAAUCUAUGGUUCUAUUUUCCGAGUUAAUGAGGGCAAAUUAUAAGCUUUCUGAUGGUACUUUAGUAGUUUUGUUGUCUGGAUUUGUGGGGAAGAACGCGCAAGAAUUAGGACAACAAGUGCAUUGUCUUGUUAUUAAAAAUGGUUUAACUCAUGAAGUUUCAACUUCAAAUUCCCUUCUCAAUAUGUGUGCGAAAUGUAUGGACUUUUCUUUGGCUGAAAGAAUGUUUGAGGAGAUGCCAUUUCGUGAUGUUGUGACUUAUAAUAUCUUGAUUGGGCCGCUGGCAAGAAGUGAGAGGCCAGGCAGGGGAUUAGAGCUUCUCUUACACAUGCUUAGUGAAGGUAUUUUGCCUAACAAAACCACGUAUGUCGGUGUUAUUAAUUGUUCUGCCAAUCUGAAAAUACAACUGUUUGGAGAGUAUAUUCAUUCAAAGGUUACAAAAAACUCGAUGGAAAUUGAUGUUUUUGUGGGUAGUGCUUUGGUUGACUUCUAUGGGAAGUGCAAUAUGUUAGUUUCUGCUCAACGCUGUUUUGAUGAAAUAUGUGAUAGAAAUGUGGUUUCAUGGAACAGCUUGAUUGCAGCUGUCACUUCUAAAAGUCAGAGCAGUUCUGUAGCUUUAUUCCAAGAGAUGCUGCAGCUGGGUUAUUGUCCUAAUGAGUUCACAUUUUCUGCAGUGUUGAAAGCAUCAUCCGUCCUUGAGCUGAAGCAGCUCCAUUGUUUAAUUAUCAGAAUGGGCUACCUUCAGUAUGAGUAUGUGUUUAGAUCGCUGAUUACCUCAUACGCCAGAAGUGGACUAAUAUUUGACGCAUUGCUGAUUGCCAACUCUGCAGACACAUUAAUUUCAGUGGCUUCCUCCAAUGUCAUAGCUGCUGCUUAUAGUAGAAAUGGGGAGUCUGAUAAAUCUCUAGAGAUCCUUUCUAAUCUGAAUGAACCUGAUACUAUUUCUUGGAACAUUCUAGCGUCCACUUGUUCUCAUAACGGUUAUCAUACUGAAGCAUUUGAAGUUUUUAAGCACAUGUUGGAAGUUCAAAUUUAUCCUGACAAUUAUACAUUUGUGAGUGUCCUGAGUAGUUGCACCAGUCUGCGCUGCCUCGCUUUUGGUUGUUCAAUCCAUGGUCUCCUAAUCAAAUCCAAUUUUGAACGUUGUGACACAUUUGUCUGCAACAUCUUAAUUGACCUGUACUCAAAAUGUGGAUGUGUUGAAGAUUCGGUGAAGAUCUUUAAUGCUACAGAAGAUAAGAACCUUAUUACAUGGACAACUUUAAUUUCUGCUCUUGGGCAUCAUGGCUUUGUUUUUCAGGCCCUGGAAAGGUUUAAGGAAAUGGAGCACCUGGGAAUUAAGCCGGAUGCUGUAUCAUUUGUGGCUAUGCUUUCAGCAUGCAGACACGGAGGCUUAGUUCAGGAAGGGAUGGAACUCUUUUCACGAAUGCAAAGGUUGUAUGGUCUUGAACCAAAGAUGGAUCAUUAUCAUGGUGUGGUGGACCUGUUGGCCAGACAUGGGAAUCUAAAGGAAGCAGAGCAAGUGAUCUCUAGCAUGCCAUUCCCACCAAAUGCUCUCAUAUGGCGUAGUUUUCUAGAGGGCUGUAAGAGAAGAAGGAUUACUAAUCUAUACCCUUUAAAGAGCAGGGACUUAACGAUUUACCGUGCUUAAGAACAGUAAAUCCUUAGGUCUGCUUGGGGUUGUGGGAUCCAGCGUGGGCAGUAACUUCCCCUUUUUUUCCCUUUCUUUCUUUCUUUGCCUCUGUCUUCAUUUGUCUCUCCUCUCUCUUCAUCCAUCUUCGUUCCCUGAAGAGGAUCUUCUUCCUUCUUUCCUCCUCUUUCUUCUCUUCUAUGUCUUUCGUUUUUCUUCUAUUUCUGUCACUUUCUUCUCUCUCAUUUAUCAUUCAUCACUUACUCUCUCAUCGCUCGGACUUUUGGCGAUGGCACAGCAAAGCACCAAGCCCAAUCAGCUCAAGGAUCUCAAGGCUGAGCUCCGUCUCCGACCUUGUAUUGCUAAGGUUACCAGCGGUGCCCUAACAAUCUCUCCAAGAUUGUGAUGAAGAAGAAACAUCUCAAGUUUAAACCAGUCAAAGAGCUGUACGAUCAUGGCGAUACCCUUUCGAAAUCCAAGGGAAUUAAGGAUCUUAUGCUCUCCUUAGAUUGUGAAGAUUACAAAGCAGAGAUAUUAACGGCCGAUACACAAGCUUCUUAUAUGAAUGGGGUGAUCGUAGCAGAGAUAUUAACGGCCGAUACACAAGCUUCUUAUAUGAAUGGGGUGAUCGUCUUAGACACAAGACAUUUGACCGGAAAGGACAAUGUGAGAAGGAACUUCACCGAGUCAUUCUUUGAUGUUGAUCAAAGUGCACCAGCAGCACCUGUGAUUCCCAUUGAAGGAUGUUGAAAAGGAGGUCAGGAAAGAAGUAGAUGAAGCUAUUGCAAAGGCUAAGGAGAGUCCCUGAUAAUUCUGAUCUUUUUACAAAUAUCUACGUGAAAGGUUAUGGGGUAGAGCUGUCUUAUUGCUUUCUACUCCACUGCCUAUCCUAUUGAAAGAGUUUGAGGCUUGUGCAGCUUUAAGAAACUUUGAAAGUUGAACCUUGAACCUAUGUACGUGGAUUAGCUUGCCUCCAAGAUCAAGGUAAAGGUGGUCGAUGAGAAAGGAUGAGGAAGUGUUCCUAGCAAAUGCCCCUUAAUUUUUUUGUAAAGGAAAUACUAAUUCUGCUUACCUAAGGUAAUAUGCAUUGUAAUUAUGUUGCUCAUGGUAUUUUGCCAAGGUUUUGUCAACGUAGUAGUUAAAUUUGGUUACUUUGUUACUCUACUAUUUAGUUGGCUUAGGUAAUGUAUUGUAACCAUGUUAAUUCAUGAUAUUGCGGUCCCAAGGGACGGAAGAAAGGAAGCAAACUAAGAUUACUAAGAGCUUUGACUCUUCCUACUAGCUGUAGCUGCAGCCAAAAGAAGAGAUAUCACAAAGAAGAUCAGACAGCACCUGACCCUCUGUCUUUGGUAGGCAGAAGAGAAGCUUUCUCCGGAAAAAACUCCCUCACUCUGGGCUUAUUAAAAAAAAAUAGCGGAUUCUACCCGUAAAAAGAGAAAGAAGCAGUUAUGCCAUUCGCCACCUUCGCCCUAGUACUGGGAUAAGGAACUCCUCUAUCUAUGCUAAUGGUUCCGUUGUCUUUUUGCCGAUGUUUUGUUAAUGUAGUAAUUCAGAUUAGAUUGUGUUACCCUCCUAAUUGGUUUUACAAGGAAAGAGGGGAGUUUGUCUAUGGAUAUCUACCAAGGGUGUGUUUGGUAAGAACAGGGGAAACUUGAUGGAACUCAGAAAGGAAAGGAAUGACCAUAAAUCUUCCACCUUGUUUGGGUUUGUCCAUGAAACACUAUGAACUGUUAUUUCCCUUUGUAAUUGUUUGGUUCAAAUUAGGGAAUCAAACUUCUUUUUUAAUGUUCUAAUAGUUUUCCUUCACGAUGAA